AUGGCGGCCGGGUCGGACUCCGCGACGCGGCUCCCCGAGACGUCGCUCUGGGCAAAUCGAAAAUGCCUGAUGAUCUGCGCCAUCGUGGCGGUGGCCAACAUGCAGUACGGGCUUGACUCUGCCUGUCUCGCCAGUCUGCAGGCCAUGCCGGGCUUUCUCAAGGUGUUUGGAUACCCGGACCCGACGCUCGCCGGCGGCUACGGCAUCGAUGGAACCUUCCAGCAGCUGAUCGGCUCCCUCCUCACGCUCGGCGCCUUCCUGUCGUCCAUCUUCGCGGGCGCCUUCGCACACUUCUUCGGCCGCAAGCCGGCGCUCUGGCUGGCGUGCCUGCUGACGGCCGUCGGGGCGGCCAUCCAGAUCGGCACCACCAGCUGGGGCGUCGUCUACCUCGGCCGCCUGGUCCUCGGCAUCGGCAACGGCUUCCUGGUGACCUUCUCCAACAUCUACUGCGCCGAGGCCGCCCCCGCCCACCUCCGCGCCGUGCUCGUCGCCCUCUUCUCCGAGUGGGUCAACAUCGGCAGCAUCAUCGGCGCCGCCGUGACCAACGCCACCUCCAAGGUGCUGGACAAGUCGUCGUACCAGAUCCCGCUGGGCAUUCAGUUCAUCGUGCCGUUUGUCCUGGCCGUCGGCCUGUUCAUCGUGCCCGAGUCGCCCAGGUAUCUGGUAAACAAGGGGAAGCUGGACCAGGCGAGGAGGGCGUUGGCCGUGUUGCGGAGCGACUCGCUGACCGAGGAGCAAUUUGAGUUGGAGUGGGUCGAGAUGGUCAAGGGCAUUGAUGAGGAGAAGAAGCUGGCCAGCUCGGUCGGGCCGCUGGAUAUGGUCAGAGGCACGUCUUCGGUCAUCGACAACUUGCGCCGGACUCUGCUGUGCUUCGCGGUCAUUGCCACCCAGACUGGGAGCGGAGCUUGGUUCCUCAUCAGUUAUUCAACCUACUUCAUGAUCGUCUCGGGUCUGACUGUCGACGAGUCGUUCCGGUACUCGGUCAUGAACACUUGCCUCGGGUUUGUCGGCGUGAAUUUCGGCAUCUACCUGAUGCGCCACGUCGUCGGCCGGCGCAGCAUCAUGAUGAUCGGUGCCGCGGCGCAGGGCUUGUGCCUGCUGCUAGUCGCCGUCACGGCCACGACGAUGCCGGGCACGCUCGUUGCCAGGAACUGCCUCAUCGCCUUCACCGCCCUCUACUUAUUUUCGUACAACGCCUUCGUCGGCGCCGCGAGCUACCCGGUGGCCACCGAGCUUGUGAGCACCAGGCUCAGGUCGUGGACCGUCGGCGCUGCCAUCUCGCUGGGAUACUUCCUGGCGUGGCUGACGGGCUUCUGUUCGCCGUACUUUAUCAACCCCCAGAACCUGAACUGGGGCGCGAAAUACGGGUACAUCUGGGCCGGGUCGAACCUCAUCUGCGGCAUUUUCUUCUUCCUGUUCCUGCCGGAGCUCAAGGGCCGCACGCUCGAGGAGAUCGACGAACUCUUCGAGAGAAGAAUCUCGGCGUGGAAGUUCAAGUCGACGAGAACGAACAUCAUGGACGAGGCGUUGAAGGAGGUUCGGAACCGGGAGGCCCCUCUUGUUGAGGCCAAGGAGCCCGUUGAACUUGCUGAGAAUACGGGAAAGACGGAGGAAAGCUGA